AUGGAGGCAUUUAGGGAGCCUCUGGACCUGAGGCAGGGCAGGAGCACUAUAAAAGACAGCCCAACUCCCUGCUCUCUCAUCCACUUCUCUCACCUCAUUCUCCUUGGGAAUCAGGUUUACCUCCAGCCCCAAGCCAUGUCCUGCUGCAACCCGUGCCAGCCCUGCCAGCCCUGCGGCCCGUGCCCGCUGGCCAGCAGCUGCAAUGAGUGCUGCGUCCGACAGUGCCAGAGCUCCACCAUUGCCAUCCAGCCCUCUCCCGUGGUGGUGACCCUGCCCGGACCCAUCCUCAGCUCCUUCCCUCAGAACACCGCCGUGGGCUCCUCCACCUCCGCUGCUGUGGGCAGCAUCCUCAGCUCUAACGGAGUGCCCAUCUCCUCCGGGGGCCUUGACCUCUCCUGCAUUACCAGCGGCUACUGUGGCACCAGAUGUCGGCCCUGCUAAAGCCUCUGAUGAUGUCCUAGAUAAGGACCCACAGGAAUCCAGACCUCAGUUCUGAUCUACGGACAGAGCUCUUAGCCGUUGCUUUCAGAGAAGCCGAGGAUCCAGUGCUGCCCUUGCAAAGAAGGGCAACUUGGGCUCUCUGAAAACAUGGCCAGUCUGACUUCCCAGCUUUCCUCUCUCUCCCAUCCCUUUCUUAUCACCUGUUUGUCUGCGUUACGAGACCCUCAAAGCCAUCAUGGAGGAUCUGCUGACCCCUCUCCCUUCACGUAGCAGCAGAUGGAUGCCCUGUGGAAUCUCUGCUGUGACCAAUGGGCACAGACUUUGAGAGUUGCCGAUACUCUCCCUGCUCUGGCUGCCCCCUCCUCUUGAAGUUACCUCACUGUCCCUUUCAGAGCCAUUAAAGUUUUCUGCAUUCCAGCCUCUG